AUCAUCGCUAGCAACGCCCUCCAUGGGGCCUGUUCUCGCUCCGCGGUAGCCUUUCUGCCAGAUCUCCCUAGGCUCCAGGCUGAAGGGAUUCCCACCCCCAGCAGCCUCCCGCGAGCCCCGCGGAGCCGUGGACUCCUCCCCUGGAAACUCCUCCGGGGCUGAGGAAGGCUUUGGCGCAUGCUCCGUACCUAGGGCAGGUUUUUUUGCUGCGGGUAGCAGGGCUCCUGUCACACCGGCUGGCGGGUUGUGGCGGUGCCAGCCCGCGUGAGCGAGUGUGUGCGCGUUGCCUGCGCCUGGGCGGGCGGACCCGGAGCAGUAGUGCGAUUUGCCCGGGAGGCGGCUCCGCAGAGGCGUCUUGCUCGCCGCCGCCGAGGGGCGGCUUUGCAAACUUGCGGCGGGCUCUCGGCGCCCAGGGACCCGUGGGCAAAGGUGCCGGGCGCGGUGCACGCGGAGGGCUGGGGCUGCGGGACCGGGCCGAGCCUUCGCCCUUGGCCCGCGCCCUGGUGAGCCUCAUGCAGCUCCUGUGCUCGCCACCGCAGCUGCCCCGGGAAGGUCCGGGACACGAACCCCGCACCGCAGCGCCUGAGCGUCUACCGACCGGCGGCGGGAUGCUCCGUGUCGCCUGAGAGCGCCGCGUCCAGGUACAAGAGGAGCCGGCUGGAGCCCGGCGCCCCAGGGAUCGAGAGGAGCCCCACGCCACAGCCGCCGGCGCCGGCGCCCGUCUUCUCGGCUCCGCUCGUAGGCCCCGGCUCUGCCAACCCCGGAGUGCGGCGGGGCAGCCAGACAGCCGUUCUCUUCGGCGGCAGGGGCAUGGAGGAGCGGCGGGCUCCGAGCCGCGCCCCGGAGUCCCCGAAACUUCCGAGCAGGCGCCCGAUCGCGCCGCUGGCGCCGCAGCCACCUCACCUGCCGGCCUGAGAACGGGACCAUGGAUGAAAGGUUCAACAAGUGGCUGCUGACGCCGGUGCUCACUCUCCUCUUCGUGGUCAUCAUGUACCAGUACGUGUCCCCUUCCUGCACCAGCUCAUGCACCAACUUCGGGGAGCAGCUCCGCUCCGGGGAGGCCCGCCCGCCCGCUGUCCCGAGUCCUGCCCGACGGGCACAAGCACCCCUUGAUGAGUGGGAGCGGCGGCCCCAGCUGCCACCGCCACCCCGGGGACCGCCCGAGGGGUCUCGUGGGGUCGCGGCUCCCGAGGAUGAGGAUGAGGAUCCCGGGGACCCGGAGGAGGAGGAGGAGGAAGAAGAGGAGGAGCCGGACCCCGAGGCGCCCGAAAACGGCUCCCUGCCCCGGUUCGUGCCUCGAUUCAACUUCACCCUCAAGGACCUGACCCGCUUCGUGGACUUCAACAUCAAAGGGCGGGAUGUGAUCGUGUUCCUGCACAUCCAGAAGACCGGGGGCACCACGUUCGGCCGGCACCUGGUGAAGAACAUUCGUCUGGAGCAGCCAUGCAGCUGCAAAGCUGGCCAGAAAAAGUGCACCUGCCACCGGCCGGGCAAGAAGGAGACCUGGCUCUUCUCCCGCUUCUCCACCGGCUGGAGCUGCGGGCUGCAUGCCGACUGGACCGAGCUCACCAACUGCGUGCCGGCCAUCAUGGAGAAGAAGGAUUGUCCCCGCAACCACAGCCACACCAGGUAAGUAGUGGAGAUUUUGCUGUUUAUAUUUUGCCCUGUGUUGGAGUGACAUACGACUACAAACAUUAAUUAUACGUGGCUGAGAAUUCACAACUCUGCUUGAAAACUGAUACCUCUUAAAACGAAAACUUUAAAUUAUUGGUGACAUACAUUAGACAGUUGUUUGAAUCAUGCAUUUGUUGAUAUUUAUACACCAAGGCACUUCAGUAAGAGAAAUGAGUUCCCCAAACUUAGUCUGUAAAUUGAUUCACCGUUCCCCAUUGACUAAUGCCUAACUUCUGAUUGAACGGCAAUUCUGCCUCAUGCCUUCAAAUGAUGAAUUCUAGUUUCUUCUCUGUCAAGUGGUUGAUUAUUUAUAAAGAUUAGAAAAAUGAACUUGGUGGGUAUAGCUGGGCCAAGAAACCUUUUGUCAAUCAAAUCAUCAUUUUGGUGAUGAAAGAUCAGGAGUGUUUGUAUGGUACUCUUUCUUGUUGAAGUAGAACACAUGUAGAAAAUGAUUCUCAUGACUGGUUUGAAUGGCUCCAUUUCACUCCAUUCAUUUGAUCUUCUGUCUCUUGCAUGUAAGUAUAUUUAAUGUAGGGUGCCCUAGAAUUUUGUGGACGAUAGAUUGCUUUCAAGAAUGGAUACACAAUAGUACUGCUGUCAUAUGUAAGUUAAUGAUGGAGAUGUUUUCUGAGGAAUGUACUCAUGAAGAAUUUCGUCAUUGCAUGAACAUCAGGGAUUAUAGUACCCAAGCAAUGUGACAUACUUACCUUAUCACAGCAAUCUAGUGUAAGCUGUCACUCUUCGAAGUGUUACUAGAUUAGUUGGGACUGUGUAUGUACAAUAGUUUGUAUGCCUUAUUAACUGAAGAUGCAGAUUAGCAGCAUACAUCAUAUUUAGAUGUUUGUUUAUUUACCUUGGAUCUUUGAGUCUCCCAAAUGACUUGACCACCAUAGGUACCAAGGAUGACCUUGAACUCCUGACCCUCCUAUAUAGUCCUCCUAAGAUUUAGUAUUACAGGCAUACUGUACCAAGCCAGCAAAGGAGGGAAUUCUCAGUGGUACUUGUGAGUUAAAUGAAAUAAUAUUACAAUGGAUGGGUUAACCAAAGCAUUCUUAGAGAUUCUCUAAAAGAUAUCUUUAUAUUAUUGGCACAAAAGACAAUAGCAGCUCUAGUCUUUAUUAGCUUUUACCCCCAAAGAGCAGCCUUUGAAAUUAUGAUUUGACAUUAUAACUUCAGCUUUUGCCCAGGCUUUUUAUAGCAAAGCGAAUGCUUUAAGAACAAUCUACAGUUAAUAAAUUGCUCUUCAUGUUAAUUGGUAGCUCUUAAUUCAUCAAGGCACACACCAAACUCAUAAUAUGCUGUUCUAUGGAUAUUUUUCUAAAUAUACAAACAUACAUUUUCUCAAAUUAGUAGAAAAUAAAACACUGUUUCUAUUUUUGGCACCCACUAGGAAACAGAAUUAAAUCUUGUGCAUAACUAUAAUAAUCCUCACCCUAACUUCUGCAGAAACUCAUUUUGUUCCCUAAUAUUUUUUCUUUUCUAAAAAUCAAAAAGCUCUCAUUUUCAGUAGCAUGGCUCACAUGUACUAAGAUAUUGUGUCUCUUUUCCUGGGGAGGUUUGUAAGUGUUAAGUAAUAUUAAUAUAAGUCACAGUAGCUAGUAUUCUAUGAGAGUUCACUGUCAUUAGUGUCAGAAUAAUUUGUAUAUAGACAUGUAAACACUCGAUCCUCUUCCUCCUCUUCCCUUCUUCCUCUCUCUACUCUUUCAGCUCCCUGAACUCUUAAUCCCUUUCUUCUUUUUUCCCCUCCUAGACUUCUGGAAUUUGUUUUCUUGCUUCUGCUCUGUAACCCUAGGUGUCCUAGAGCCUGCUAUGAACUCAGCUGGCUUCCAGUGCACUGCCUCAGCUGCCCAAGUGCUGGAAUAUAGGCAUGUACUACCACUGUUGGGAUUUUUGAGGGAAUCAGUUGUUUAUCAGAUAACUCUGCUUGCAGAGCUCCUUUAAUCAACCUUUGCACUCCGUUUUCCCUACUUAGUAUUUAUGUUGCUUCCUAUGUGCAAAAGCAAAUUGCACUUUGCUGUCUUCUACAGGACAGGGUGGCCCCAUGCAGCCCUUCCUCUCAUACUUAACUCUUGGGCUUCCUUGUCACAUGACAGAAUCCUAGAGUUCCAUCCAUGAGCUUCUAUGUUUGUGUUUUAAUGGGUUGUGAUUUUUUUUUGUAGUGGUCUCCAUUUUUUGCAAAGAGAAGCUUCUUCGGUGCAGGGUGAAGACUACAUUUGUCUGCGGAUUUAAAGAUAGAAAUUUAGUAUGUGUAGUUAGGGUUCGUGCUGGUAUAAUAAAAUGGCAGUUAUAUGUUCUUCUCUAGGAUGUAUGGUUUAGGUAUCUCUGAGUAGUUAGGUGGGUCUCCAAUACCAGGUAGAAUUUCCCUAUGAGAGGAUCUUAGGUCCAGUUCGAGGGCUGAUGGUUACUGCCAUGGCAUGUGUACCAUUUCUGCACCUAUAAGGUGAUUGUGUCCUGCUGGUCACUGUGGCUCAUUGGUGUUAUUACUGGUUGAAUCCUCAAGAAAAAUGUAAAGUAUAAGAACACACGUGUAAACCUCAGAAACUGAACUAAGUCUGAAUGGUUUUAAAGAGUCAGAUGCUCAACCAUAAGCAAAUUAUUUUCAACAUACUUUUAAGGGACAUAAGUGAAAAUGAAUGUGCAGGGCUGAAAUUUAGUGGCAUUGGGAUUAUUAAAAUAAAACAGUUUUAUAAUGCUGAAUGAUUUACGAAAUGACUGUUAUGCAUUGACUAGAAUGAAAAUGCAUUUAAAACAUUAAUAUGAAUGUUACAGUGUUGAAAAUGGUUAGGAUAUUUAAAUGAUAUUGGUACAGGCUCCAUCUUCCCAAAUAGCAAACAAUUGCUUUUCAUGGUGAUGAUGUCAUCUGAGAGGAAUAUUUUCUGAGAACGCCUGCAUCAUCUGGUCCAAAGAUAGAACUCCCCCAAAAUAUCCACAAAGUGUCAAUGCAUUAAAUAUAGGUCUUUUCACAGCCUUUUCGGGGCAGUAGGCAGACUUGUUGAUAACCCCACAUUCGGUUUCUAUUAUUAUCUGAAUACAGUGAGCUUCUGUGGAGCUCCAAGUUUUGAGCACAUUGUGUGAUUUGCUCUUCCUACAGUCAGUGUUGAACCACAUCUAGGUAGCCCGAGUGAGCCCGUGGUGAACCAUGCAAGAACCCUUAGUUCUCCCAUGUACUCAGCAUUUGCAAUUGCUUUCAUGACAUUUUGAAUGGCUUCCUUGAUAAGUAGGCUGGGGAAUCACGAGGUAUUAAGUUAGUUUUUAGAAGAAAUUGCCAUCUUGGGCAAGUUCCAAAGAAGGCUCACAUUCAUCUCAAUAUCAAACUUUAACUAAUUCAUUUCCAUGGAGACAACAUUUAGUUGAGGACAUUACCCCCAUUAUAUUUUUGCUAACACAUUUUGUAAAGCUUAAAAAAAAAAUCUGGCUAUUGUUGAAAGUUUUUUUUUUCCGUCUUCUUCUUCCUAGAGCCAUAUGUAUACCAUCUGGUCUUUCUUCCCAUUGUCAAUGUUUCAAUGUGCCACAGGAAGUCACAGGGACUUUGGGAUACAUCUCAUAUGGCCAUCUGUAAAAGAACAAGGAAGGGAGAGACAUGCAGUGUCUCCAAAGGGUCCAAAGGAUUGUGACAGAAGAGCCAUUUGCAAAUUUUAUAAUGAACAUCUUAAAGGGAGUAAAACAUCUGGAACCUUGCAAGUGUUUGUGGCUUUCACAGGACCAUGGUGAACAGGGCUUCCCCCUCGUGUGCACCUAUGUAUAACAGUGAUAGUAAGUAGGUUAUCUCUUAGUGCUCAUGUCUUGAGCUUGCAUAUGGACCCCUGUGACAAGUUCUCAUGAUAAACUAUCCCCUAUUAUUCCAUUCCCCAUCAGGCCACAAGUCUAUAUAUAAUCUCUUUUACAUGCAGUUAUGUACUAAAGCCUUUAUUGAAGGCAUAGUCAGGCAUAUAAGUUAUGCUUUGAGGAUGCGAUGUCCUUCUAGUGUGGUGAUUCUACAGAGUUCUGGAAAUUUUAGAAGGUGGAGCCUAGUGAAGGAAGGAAGUCACUGGAGUGUUUUUCAACUGUUUCUUACCAUGGGCCCUUCCCUAUAUUCCUUCUCUGUGCUUCUUGUCAGACAUUGGUGUGUACUGCAUGCUCCAAUCACUGUGAGAUUCCGCCUUACCGCAGACUCAGAACCAACAAUGCCAAAGAUUUCAGAAACUGAGAAAAUAUAAAUAAUACUUCCUUUAUAGUUGUUUUUCCUGGGUGUUUGGUCAUACUGAUAAAAAGAUAAUAAAUACCCAUGUUCUUUUUGCUUUCAUGGCUAGAUCUCUAAGUUCUAGCUACCUUUGUCAUGCGUCUUAGUUACUUUUCUAUUGCUGGGAAAAAACACUAUGACCAGGGUACCUUAUAGAAGAAAAGUUUGUAUUUGAGUGCUUAUAGUUUCACAUAGUUAGAGUCCAUAAUUAUCAUGGCAGGAAACAUGGCAGCAGGCAGUCAUCCAUGGAGCUGUAGUAGUAACUGAGAGUUUACAUCUUGAUCCACAAGAAUGAGGCAUGGGGUAGGCUGGGAGUUUGGGAAGAGAGGGACAAUGAGAAUAGUGUGAGCUUUUGAAACCUCAAAGCCCACUUCCUAAGAUACACCUCCUCCAACAAACCACACCUUUUAACACACAUUCUUCCUAACAAUUCAACUGGUAUAUAAGUAAUCAAGCUUACGAGUCUAUGAGGGCCAUUCCCACUCAAACCACCCCACCUGUUCCUCCAGGACAACCUCAUCAUUUCUUCUUUAUCACCUACACAAAGGACUAAUUCACUGUCUGUGUGAAUCAUGAAUAAUGCCUGUUAAUAAUUCUUUCCAAGUAAACAACAUGAGACAACAUACAUCUAACAUGUUACGAGGAUGGGCUUCCUUGGAAGUUCUUCCCAAUAAGUCAGGAUUUAUGUAAGCUGUAAGUUUGUUUUCUCUUUCCACUACUGCUCUGGCUCUUUCCAAAGUAUUUGGUGCAUAGCUAAUUCUGCCUGCCAUAUAAAAGUUAAUUGAGUUCAACUAAAAUUGAAUCUUUCUUAUUCAUGUUCUUUCCCAGCAUUUUGGAAAUCUUGCCACUGUCUAAUGAUUCGAAGUGGGAGACCGUGUGCUCCUUUUCUGCCUUCCGUGUUGGUAGCAUGUGAUCCACAGAUGCAUUGUGUCCUGUUAGUAGCUAAUAUGCACACUUAGGAAGCGUUUGUUCGUGUUUGAUUAUCUACUAUUGCGAAAGAAUGGCAUUGUGCUAUUUUAUGUGUAUGAGUGUGUUGUCAGCAUGACUGUCUAUGUGCUGUGUGCAUGAUGUGCCUUUGGAGGUCAAAGAUGAUAUUGGAUCCUCUGCAACUGGAAAUGGCUGUGAGCCAUUGAUGGGCAUCUAGCCUGGAUCUCCUGGAAGAGCAGCCAGUACUCUUAACCAAUGAAAUAUCUCUUUAUUUCGGGAGUUCUCAACCUGUGGGCCUUAACCCUUUUCAGUGGCAUUUCAGGUAUUCGUGUCAUGGUUCAUCACAGUAGCAAAAUCACAGAUAGGAAAUAGCAGCCAAAUAACUUCUGGUUGGGGGUCACCACAACCUCUAUUUAAGGGUUGCAGCAUUAGGGAGGUUGAGAACAACUGGUCCAGUCCAAUGUAGCUACAAUAUAAUUGACCCUUUAUGGUCCUCUUCCUGGUAGGUCAGCAGACAACAUUGUCAUCAUUGAUAUACUCAGCUCUGAAUUUUAAGCCUAUAUAACUCAGGGAAGCUAGUAGAUUUUGUUAAAAUGAAUUGGGGAAAUUGGUUUGAAUCCAAAUUUUGUUACUAAGGCUCCCAUUUCAUUUAUCCCACUUUAGGAAUUGUUAUCUCAUGGCUCACACUGUGAAACCUGAUUUCCCUCGUCCUUUCUCACCUAUGAACUGUAGGUAGACAUGGUUGCUUUAGCUUGAGCCCCCAGUUCACAGAUGUUUCUAGCUGCUCUGUUAGUCUCCAGAUGCUAUGGUCAUUGUCUUAGGCUUUCUAGUCCUGCACAAACAUCAUAACCAAGAAGCAAGUUGGGGAGAAAAGGAUUUAUUCAGCUUACAUUUACACAUU